AUGGAUGAUUCGGAUGAGGAGUUUGAAAUAUUAUUUGGUGAUACUUCUUCUUCAUCAAUCGAGGAAUUAAUUGGUCAAGUUCUCAUGGCUAAUCGAAUACAUGAGAUGCAAAAAUCUCAACAGAUCAGACGGCCACUACGCACUUUAGAUAUAUCUGGACGUCAAUAUUUACUUGAGCUGCUAAAUGGACAUCCUGAUAGAUUGUUUUACACAAUUAGAGUGGACAUUAAUACUUUAAGAUCUUUAUGUCGUCGAUUAGUUGAAAUGGAAAUCAUAGAACAUGACAGGGCAAUUAGUGUUGAAGAAGUUGUUGUCAUAGUGCUUGAUGCAUUGUGUUAUUUAGGAAAUGAAGUAAUAAGGCCUCUUCACUUUAACAAUGUGCAAGCAGAAAUUCAAAAUAAUCUGAAGUAUUUCCCAUGGUUUAAGGAUUGUGUUGGAGCAAUCGAUGGUACUCAUGUAAGUGCAGUUGCACCAGCUCUAAAACAACUUGCAUAUAGAGGAAGAAAAGUAGAUGUAACACAAAAUGUAAUGGCUGCAUGCACAUUUAAUAUGAUGUUUAUUUAUGUCUAUGCUGGAUGGGAAGGAACAACCAAUGACUCUCGAGUGCUUCUUGAUGUAAUUAGAAAAGAUAAUAACUUUCCUAUGCCACCGCCAGGCAAAUACUAUGUUGUUGAUUCUGACUAUCCAAAUAUGUCUGGGUUUCUAGCACCAUAUCGUGGUGAACGUUAUCACUUGUGUCAUUUUAGAGGAAGAGGGAACCAUCCUAGAGGUGCGAUGGAGUUAUUCAAUUAUAGGCACUCAUCAUUGCAUAAUGUGAUUGAACACUGUUUUGGACUUCUAAAAGACAGGUUUCAAAUUUUGAAGUCAAUGCCUCCAUACUUGCUUGGAAAGCAACUUGAUGCCACACCUAUUGAAGAUAUUAAAGGAACUGAAAGCCAAUCUAAUACAACAAUAGAAAACCAACAAGAAGGAGAUGAAGCAGGAAUUUCUGAGGCACCAGAGAUUAAUUUAAGCCAAGCUUAUAUGGCUCAGAUGGAAAAUGUUAGAGAUGACACUACUGGACAAAUGUGGCUUAGUUAUAACAACAAUGUUUAG